UUCAUGAAUAUUCCCCGGACCAGCGAGGGACGAGGCAGCAGCAGCAGCAGCGGCAGGAGCAAUAAUAAUCGUGGCUGGCCUGGGAAGGAGGAGGAGGAGGAGGAGGAUGAAGGGGAGGAGGAUGGUGAUGUCAGCAGCAGCAGCAUCAGCCCCGCCGGCCAAGCGCAGGGAGGCUGCAGGUUGCUCUCCAUGGUUCCUCCCCGGCCGCCGUCGGAGCUGAAGACACAACACACCUCCGAAGAUUCCCUCUUGAUCCUGAUCCUGGCAAGGCUUGGGCACAGGUGGGGAGUGAGUGACCCCUGGCUGGUGUCUUCUCCUUCUUGACCGGCAGGAAUCGUGAUGUCUGCCAAGGAGGCGCGGCGGGAAGGCUUGGAGAGGUCUCCACGAUGCUUAGGAGGCGGGAGGAGGCUCUGAAAGGGCGGGGAGAGGACCCCCAAGGGUCCCCCCAAGGCGAGGGGUGUGCCAGCUGAGAAAGCCCUGGAAGAGAGAGGAGCAUGGAGGCUCCGAAGGCGAGGAAACCCCCUUCUCUUGAAGGCCUCCUCCCUUGAAGACCUCCUCCUCUUGGGCGACCCCUUCUCCCCUCUUGGCCGCCCCCUCCCCCGUUCAAAGCCAUGGACAAGCUGCCCCCCUCGAUGCGUAAACGACUGUACAGCCUCCCUCAACAGAUUGGCAACAAGGCUUCCCUCAUGGACGAAGAGGACGAAGGAGAAGGAGGAGAAGGAGAGCAAAGCAAGGACGCCCGUCGCAAAAGCUUCAAGCUCAAGCCGCUGGCGUCGCAAGUCGGGGACCCGCCUGGCAUCCUCGGGGAGGCUUCCGGGGGUCUCUCCUCCUCGUCCUCGUCCUCCGCCUCCAAGAAUGGGGACUGCCGGCGCUUCAAAGGCGGCAGCCUCUCCUCCUUGCCCGGCCGGCACCCCUCCGGCGAGGAGAAGAGGCUCAUCGGGAGCCAGGGACAGCCGGCCUCGCCAGGGAGCCCCCCGAGCCUGGGCCAGGAUCAGGCCUCGCCUCCCUCGUCCCCCUCCCCCUCGCCGCCGCCACCCCCUGCUCCUCCGGACGGGCAGCCACAGCCCCCCUCCUCCUCCCCGGCGUCGGCCUCCAUCAAGGUGGAAGCCCCCCCAGGGCCGGGGGCAGGGGCCGGGGGCGAGCAGAUCAGCCCCGAGGAAGAGGGGGGGCAGGAGGGGCAGCGCCUGGGCCCGCAGGCCGGCUUCAUGCACCGGCAGUUCGGGGCCAUGCUCCAGCCCGGGGUCAACAAGUUCUCCUUGAGGAUGUUCGGGAGCCAGAAGGCGGUGGAGAGGGAGCAGGAGAGGGUCAAGCACGCCGGGUUCUGGAUCAUCCACCCCUACAGCGAUUUCAGGUUCUACUGGGACCUCACCAUGCUGCUCCUGAUGGUUGGCAACCUGAUCAUCAUCCCCGUUGGCAUCACCUUCUUCAAAGACGAGAACACCACGCCGUGGAUCGUUUUCAACGUGGUCUCGGACACCUUCUUCCUCAUUGACCUGGUCCUCAAUUUCCGGACGGGGAUUGUGGUGGAGGACAACACGGAGAUCAUCCUUGACCCACAGAGGAUUAAGAUGAAGUACCUCAAGAGCUGGUUUGUGGUGGAUUUCAUCUCCUCCAUCCCAGUAGACUACAUUUUUCUGAUUGUGGAGACGCGCAUUGAUUCAGAGGUUUACAAGACGGCGAGAGCUCUCCGGAUCGUCCGCUUCACCAAAAUCCUCAGCCUUUUACGUCUCCUGCGGCUGUCCAGGCUCAUCCGUUACAUCCAUCAGUGGGAAGAGAUCUUCCACAUGACGUACGACUUGGCGAGUGCCGUGGUGAGGAUUGUGAAUUUGAUCGGCAUGAUGCUCCUCCUGUGUCACUGGGAUGGUUGCCUCCAGUUCUUGGUGCCCAUGCUUCAGGACUUCCCUGAUGACUGCUGGGUCUCAUUGAAUCGUAUGGUGAAUGACUCCUGGGGGAAGCAGUAUUCCUAUGCCCUGUUCAAGGCCAUGAGCCACAUGCUGUGCAUCGGCUACGGACAGCAAGCCCCCAAGGGCAUGUCCGACGUAUGGCUCACCAUGCUGAGCAUGAUCGUGGGGGCCACCUGCUAUGCCAUGUUCAUCGGCCAUGCCACGGCCCUCAUCCAGUCCCUGGACUCCUCACGCCGACAGUAUCAGGAGAAGUACAAGCAAGUGGAGCAGUACAUGUCCUUCCACAAGCUUCCGGCGGAGAUGCGUCAGAGGAUCCACGAUUACUAUGAGCACCGCUACCAGGGCAAGAUGUUUGAUGAGGAGAGCAUCCUUGGAGAACUGAGCGAACCCUUGAGAGAGGAGAUCAUCAACUUCAACUGCCGGAAGCUCGUGGCCUCCAUGCCUCUGUUUGCAAACGCAGACCCCAAUUUUGUCACCUCCAUGCUGACCAAGCUGCGUUUCGAGGUGUUCCAGCCCGCUGACUACAUCAUCCGGGAAGGGACCAUUGGGAAGAAGAUGUAUUUCAUCCAGCACGGGGUGGUCAGCGUGCUCACCAAAGGCAACAAGGAGACCAAGCUGGCAGAUGGCUCCUACUUUGGAGAAAUCUGCUUGCUGACUCGAGGCCGGCGCACGGCCAGCGUGAGAGCCGACACUUACUGCCGCCUCUAUUCCCUCUCGGUGGACAACUUCAAUGAGGUGCUGGAGGAGUAUCCCAUGAUGAGGAGGGCCUUUGAGACGGUGGCACUGGACAGACUGGACCGAAUAGGAAAGAAGAACUCCAUCCUGCUCCAUAAAGUCCAGCAUGAUCUCAACUCAGGGGUCUUCAACUACCAAGAGAACGAGAUCAUCCAACAAAUUGUGCAGCACGACCGAGAGAUGGCCCACUGUGCACAUAAUGUGCAAGCUGCGGCGGCGGCAGCAGCAGCUGCGGCAUCGGCCUCGACACCCGUCAUCUGGACGCCCCUCAUCCGGGCUCCAUUGCAAGCGGCGGCAGCCACCACCUCCGUAGCAAUAGCCCUGACCCACCACCCCCGCCUUCCUACCGCCAUUUUCCGCCCUCCGGUCUCCAUGUUGGGUUCUCUGGGGCAAGCGCAGAACCAGACUCCAAGGCGCCUGAGGAGGCUCCACUCUUUGGUGUCGUCCGGUGGGCCCUCCGCCCUGGGUUCCCCGUUGAGCAUGCCGUCCCAGCAGCCCACGCCAGGAGCCGAGACCCUUUCAUCCUCCUCUUUCCAGAUCCAGCAGCUGGCCGGGUUCACUGCCUCCGCUGGCUUGGGCCAAUUUCACCGGGCCUCGGCUGGUUCCCCUUCGACUAGCUCAGCACCGCAACCCGUGGGAAGUCCAUCCUCAGUAGGACUGAGCCAACCACAGCUGGGGCCUUCCGAUCCACCUGAAGGGAGUGCUCCACAACACGCCCUUGAUAGCAACCUGUCAAGCAGUGGCUUUGGCCCCUUCCAGAAGGCCCCCACUAGCCCCCCCUUGGCCACCUUUCCUCAGCAAUCUUCCAAUUCACCCAGUAGCCCCCUCCGCCACUUGCAGCCCACGUGCCAGCCUCUCCAAGCGGGCCAGCCCUCAAGAACUGGAGCGUUUGCAGGGAUGAGCCCAUUCCCCUUACCUCCCUCCUCCAGUCCUCCCUCCUCUAGCUUAAGCCAGCUGGCACAAGCCUCUGGAAGCCCCUCGUCAGCCUUGUGUCAAACCCAGCCAAGUGCAUUAGGACCUUCGACGGUUGCUCAGUUGCACCAGGAACGGUCUACGUCUCCCGCGGUCGCCCCUCCGUCAUACCCACAUUCAGGCCUUAGCCCUCCCCGUCACAGCCCUGUCCCCAGGACUUUCCAGUGCAGCCCUCCAGGGUCACUGGGCUCCCACGGAUCCCUGCUGAUGCCUCAGGCCUCCAGCCCACCCCGGCAGGUCCUCCAGCCCAGGAGUAGCCCUUCGCUUCCUCCGGGACGAUUGACCCAGGACCUCAAGCUGAUUUCCGCUUCCCAGCCCUCUCUACCCCACGAAGCGGCUCUGACUUUAAGCCAUGGCUCUCUUCACUCCUCCCGAGAGUCUGUUUCUAGUUUCUCGUCUUUCUCUGGAGGAGGAGGAAGAGGAGGAGGAGGAUGGACCAUACCUCUAGGGAAGCCAUAUAGCUCUGUGCCAGGGCGAGUGACUCUACCACGCCAGAUGUCCUCAGGUUCUCUGCCUCACCCGCCUACGUUUGAGGCCACAUGCGCCAUUUCCCCGUCUCUGACUGCUUCCGACGGGAGGAAAGGGUCCAUAGGGCUGACUGGGGAACGGGAAUCCGUCCGAUCCAAACUCCCCUCGAAUUUGUGAGGAACUCUACCCCUCUCCCCCCAGUUUGGCCUCAUGAUCCAGAAGAGGCACUUGGAUUUCGUGCAGAUCCCACAAGACGCCGUUUCCUUCUUUUGGCUUUCUUUCCUUCGAGUUAAAGCUAUGA